AUGCUAGCCUUCAACCAACACUCACAUGCAUACAAAAACAUAAUCAUAACAGGUGAUCUCAACUGCAACCUUGAACGUCACGACUUUAAAUCGCGCUACCUCAGAAAUUUGCUAAAAUCUCUCUCACUGCAUUUAGUUCCCCCUGAUCCUACUUAUCACACUAAAACUAGCGAUACGUGGCUGGAUGUAAUUAUCAUCGAUGACCCAGAUAAACUGCAUACUUACACUAAAUCUGAUUCACCGUUCAUCGCGGGUCAUGAUUUACUAUGUCUCUCGUAUGCCUUUGAUCUUCCGUUGACAACUAAACCACAAUCUUUCACCAGGCGCAGCCUCAACAAAUUCGAUCCAGAAGGAUUCCUCUGUACACUGCAAUCUUUACUCCCAUCUGUCAAUAAUCUCACUUCAAUCCACAUUUCGACUGCUGCUCUUGUCGAUCUUCUUGCUAACUCCUUAACAGAAACUUCCUUAACGGCACUCGAACCAUAUGCCCCCAUCAAAAACUUCACCGCAAACAGACCAGCGAAUCCGUGGAUUACCGAAGAGUUCAAACAGCGAAUUUUACACAGGAACAACAUUUAUAAGCGAGCCAAACGUUCAAAUAAUCUGUUAGAAUUCGAAAUCUACAGGCAUCUAAGGGAUCUAUUAACUAUCGAUAUACGACGAGCGAAGCAAAUCUAUGAAUUUAACAAACUUUCUUUAAUAACCGAACCAUCAAAAAUGUGGAAGGAACUAGCAUCUCUCGGCUUAGUGAAAAAUAAUCUCACUUUACCGCUUCAUUUCUUCUCUCCAGACGUCCUGAAUCUUCACUACUCUGCUGUAUCGAGCGCCGAACCUCCGUGCACGAUUGACGACUUUCAUCGCUCAAUGUCUGCAGCUGCAGAACCUGUAAUUCAGUUCAAUCUCCACCCUGUAUCAGUGGACAUUGUCAUAGAGCUAAUAAACUCAUUUCAUAUCACAUCUCACGCCACUGGUCCAGACAACAUUCCAUUAUUCUGCAUAAAAGCCGCACUCCCUGUUAUAGCGCCAAUCCUAACAGAACUGUUUAAUCUUUCGAUAACUACAUCGCACUUCCCAACAGCUUGGAAAAGAGCUCACAUAAGACCACUGUCUAAGAUCCGAACUCCACUCUCACCGUCAGACACGCGGCCUAUUGCAAACCUGUGUGAGCUGUCCAAGAUUCUGGAACGUAUCAUACUCAGACAAAUUAUCUCCUUCCUAACCAUAAAUAAAAUCUUGGACCCCAGACAGUCGGGUUAUCGCCAAAAUUAUAGUACACAGACUGCCCUCUUGCGAUUAUGUGAUGAUAUCAGGCAAGGAAUAGACAGGGGACUUGUCACUAUUCUCGUCCUCUUCGACUUCAGUAAAGCGUUUGACACAGUCUCCCACAAGCUCCUCCUCACGAAGCUCAAGACAAUCGUAUUCUCCCGAGCCACCCUAGAGUGGUUCUUUUCCUAUCUGACAGGACGAACGCAAGCAUUAAUUGACGAGAAUCGAGACUGUACAGCCUGGGCGACAGUCACCACCGGAGUUCCACAAGGUUCCGUUCUCGGCCCAAUACUAUUUUCUCUUUUCAUCAACGACAUAGCAAGCUCUCUCAAACAUUCACAGCACAUCAUUUUCGCUGACGAUACGCAAAUCUACCUCACUUGUCCCCCCUCGCAACUUCACCUAGGGCUCGCAAAGAUAAAUCAAGAUGCUCAAAGUAUCUUUAAUUUUGCCGCAGCAAAUAAACUCAAACUCAAUAUUUCAAAAUCGAAGAUCAUGAUUCUCGGCAGCAGUCCCAACGUCCGUUCAAUAGACCUCACCACACUCCCCAUGGUAAACAUUAACAAUGUUCAUCUUCCAUUUACAACCUCUGCACGCAACCUGGGUGUGAUGAUGCGUCCCGACUUGUCAUGGAGCGAACACAUCUCCGUGAUCUCACAAAAGGUUCACCGUACACUUCAUAAAUUAAAAUUCCACAAAAAUUCUCUCUCCCGCGACCUCAGAACAAAACUUGUUUCUACUCUCAUCUUCCCACAUCUCGACUACUGCUGCCUGGUUUAUCACAAUCUAUCCUCCGAACUCAAUAUCAAACUUCAACGCCUUAUCAACUGUGGAAUACGUUUUAUUUUUGACUUACGCAGAGAUGAGCACAUCACCCCGUUUAAGCUAGCACUCAAAUGGCUCUCGGUAGAGAAUAGACGGUUAUAUUUCCUUGGCAUCCUCACCUAUAGAAUUCUCUACCUAAGCUCGCCACCUUAUUUACAAGAACUAUUCCCACAACGCGACUCCAUUCGACGUUACCCCUCGCGGCAUGACACCUUAUCAACCGUCUUUCAAGUUCCAUUGCACCGCACAGCUACUUAUCGUAACUCAUUCCAUCUCACAGCAAUACAUCUCUGGCACUCCUUGCCUUCUAACAUCACUACUGCUCCUUCCCUACCUAUUUUCAAAGAGCGUCUUUUCUCUCAUCUCCUUGCGUCUGAAAUGCGCGAAUACGAAGCCAGGACGACAUAG